AUGGUUUUUACAACAAGAAGUAAACUUGCAAGUUUGCUUUUUGUCCUUGGUUUAACCGCCUUUUUCUUCUGCAUCUCAUACAAAGCUGAGAUAAGAAAGGAAAUAGCCAAAAUAAAUUUCAAUAUCUCCUCUAUCGUAAGUGAGAUCGUCAGUCCAAAGGUUGUUCCAACUCAAGCUACAGCCACAGAGAAAGCCACAAGGAAGUCAUCCUCAAAGGUUCUCAUUUAUCUUACUCAAACAGAACAACGGGUUCCCUCAAACUUGGCCUCUUCUUCCGAGAGCGGCGACCACGAAACAUGUAACUGUGAUGUCGUAGUGCUAAGCUUUCGCACUAAAUGUCAAGUGCAAAAGUCGCCUCAUAUCACCUAUCUGUUCGAUGCCAAUACUGGAUGGACAACAGGGCGAAAUGUGCUGUAUUUUGCUGCAGUAACAAGAUCGCCAAAAUACCAUUAUUACAUUUUUAUAGAUGAUGAUGUGGUGCUGCCCUUAGAUUUAUUUGCAUCGCCACAAAUAAAGAGGCUUCCGCCGUCUACAGUCUUCGAACAAUGGCUCUUAGAGUACGAGCCUGUAGUUGGCGUUGUGGAUUACAAAUGGCAUCAUGGGGCCAUCUGGACCAAUGAGAGAAGAAAGAAAAUAUGUAACAAGACGGACAGUCCCCUUGUGAUAACAAAAGUAUGGUAUGAUGGUCUUUUCAAUGCAUUUCAUUACAAAUCUAUCGAGCAUCUCUCCCCUUACCGUUCGCAGUAUGAAAACAAAAGCUGGUGGUCACAGCAGAGGUAUAUGUUUUCUGCUGUGGAACUGAUAAUUCGAGGCCAAGCAUUGAUGUUUGUGCCUGUUAGUGCGGGAAAUCCAAAACAUCGCCCAUACCCAACGUCUUUAAAGAACGAAAACACAAACUGGGGAGAUUACAUCGAUACAGUUCGAGAGAAACCUCCUUUAAUUUACAGAAAUAGGACCUUAGUGGAAGAUUUUAGGCGGAAUCUUGAGGGUUGCGUUAUCAACACGACAACGUAUUGCAUGAAUGUAACACGUCAUCAACACAUUAAACCGUACGCUCAUUUUGAUUUUCAGACAGAGAUGUAG